AUGCACAAGUCAUCUCAUGCGCGGAACCAGUCUGGAGGAAAAUCCCGGCCCAUCCUCCUGGCUGCUGUGGUAUUGUUAGUCGUGACCUUGUGGUUCGGCCGCCACCUCCUGUACACGAGUUGGACACUAGCCGCCCUUCGCGUGUUCUGGCACGACAACGCAUCUGAUUUCAUUCUUUCCGAGUCCCACGACAAUUUCGACGUGUCUUUUGCCAGCUACGACAUACACCAAGUCAGUGCCGAGCCUUACGAGGACCUUGUGCCGCCCAUCUUGCACCACAUCGCAUUGGGAGACAAUGAAGGCCGGUGGAAGGCCCGGUGGGGGGAGGCUGUGCAAAGUUGCCUGGAUAUGCAUCCCGACUGGGAGUCGCACAUCUGGACCGACGACAACGCUAGCCAGUUUGUCGCCGACAAGUUCCCCGAGCUGAAGGCGCUCUGGGAUAAUUAUCACUAUCCCGUCGAGAGAAUCGACGCCCUCCGCUACAUGCUACUGUACGCGUAUGGAGGUGUCAUCCUGGACAUGGAUCUUAAAUGCAAGCGAGCUCUGGGUCCGCUUAGACGCUUCUCCUUCGUCGCCCCCGAGGCUCACCCGACUGGCUUCUCCAUCGGGUUCAUGAUGGCCAGCAAGGGUAAUGCCUUUGUCGGCGACAUUGUGCGUAACCUGACGGUUUACAACAAGGAAUGGCUGGGGCUUCCAUACGCCACCGUCAUGUUUAGCACUGGCUGCCAUUUCGCAUCCGUCAUUCACGUGUACGAAUCCAACCGGACCGACCUCAAGGUCCUCCCGGGGCCUCUGCACAGCUUGAACGGGCGGGUAUCGACGCCCAUCUUCGACCACUUGGGCAGCUCAUCAUGGCACUCGUACGACGCGAAACUAAUCGUCACAAUUGGAAGCCGGAUCAACCUGAUUUUCUUCUUCUUUGUGGGAGUCGCGCUGGCGCUGUUUUUGAGAAGAAAGUCUCUGCUACGUCGAUUUUAG